AUGGAGGAAAAAUGCAUUACAGAAAUCGAUGCACAGAUCACGGUCGUAAGUUAUCACAUUUUUAUUACUCAUGCUUCCGUCAGUUCAGUGCUGUUAGAUUGACCUCGUAGUUAGGAAUUCAUUAAGAUAGUCUCGAGUAGUAGUCGCACCAAUCGCCUUCAGCCAAAGUGCAAAUGCAUCUGCUGGGAUGUUGAGUGAAACCCAGAGGUUCUUAGCGAUGUUGCCUACGAUCGUAGAGCAAAUAAUACUGCACAACGGAAGAGUUCUGUUCAAACAGUCUUAUUAAAGUGCUUCCUCUUUUUCUGCGAUAGGCUGAGAACAUAGUAUUUGGUGAAACGACCAACUCAAGGGUAUUAUGUGACUCUUAUUUUCACUGUGCAGUCAACUACUUCAGUUCAGCAACCGGAAGCUGAGCCUUUUGUCGCAGUUUACUAUUUUGCUCAUUUUUGCAAUGGCGUUGACCAACACGCUGUCUUUUGCUUACUUAACCACAAAAGAACGAGAAGCAGUCAAGACAUUUCGAACUGGAAUGUGAAAUAUUGGAAGAGCGAUUACGGAGAUUUCAUGAGGUUGCAACGACCGAAAGAAAUAAAAUGCAGGCAGAAGAAAGCAUGGAGAAAGAAAAUGCUGCUCUCUUGAGGUUCGAGUUUGCUAAUAUAUAUAUACUUGGUUAAUUUUUCCUACCUUUUGAUAGCCCCGAAGACAGACACCGCAGGCUGACUGGACAGUACUAGGUUACUUUUAGGCAUUUAUUGGCUGGUCUAUCGGCAUAUUUCAACUUAACGACUGUCAGUUUCCUGGUUUCUUAUGUCAAUAUGCCCGUAUCUUUACAGGAACACUGGAGUAAUAUUUAUGACUGUACCUUAAUCUGCGCAAUUAGUCAUGGAUAUCAAGCAUCUAGAAGAACUGGCAGGUGGCGCAUGUUUAGAUACUAUGAAAUAAUACCACCAUAUACCUACGACAAUAGUCGGAACCUCUUGGUUUUCGAACUAUUUUUAUCCCCUUAUUUAUCAGAUUUUACUCAAUUCAUGCUAAAAGGUGCUGUUUUGGUAUUCCUGGAGUAAACCGAGCUCUGACAUUUCCUGUGUCAUGAUUAUCACUUUCCAGACUAGACAGCCUUUCCAUCUAAUCUGGCUUUCAUGUCCUCUAGGCGUCUACAUAAUUCACUGGCAGGAAACUAUUCUUGUCAGUAUUACUUACCCCUAGGGGAAGGCUGACCUCGCAUUUAACCCAUCUCCAAUAUCGUUUUGCUAUUGCUGACGGCAGUUUUAUUAAGAGGGUUGUUAGUAAAAGAAUUCUAUUACUGAAAGGUUCCUUUUGUGCUGUCAGUUCAUUUGGUACUGAACAGCUUGCUCCAAAUGACACUCUGUAUUCGACCAACAACUUAACACGAAUUCCGUUAAAGCAGGUGUAUGUGCUUCUAAUCUCAGACCUCGCGGUCAGCCCAGUGUGUUUUCGUGGAGUGUCCGGUCCAUGACUUUUUAUUAAUGUGGCCUUCAUGGCACUCCCACUCGGUUGGGAUUCGAGCCACCCACCCCUUUUUGUUUCAUGGAGCUCUGGUCCUUAGUGUGCGGACUAGGGUGUGUGGUGCCACGCCUAGAUGAGGGCUCAGGCCGCAUCCACCACCUGCCUCCUCUCCCGCCCCGGUCUCUGUUGUGACAAGGGACCCAGGUAGAUGAUGAGGAGAGAGCGUGGUAGAUGCGACGCAAGUCCACCAUCACUAUGAACUAAUUCGCACUGCCCCUGCGCCCACUCGGCUAUGGAGGGUACGGUGGGCAUUAUCAGAAUAGACGGACAAACUGUCAUAUGCUCCUCAUGUACUCUUCCAGUGACACUCCCCCAAUUCAGCAUAAACUCGGCCUUUGAGGAAAUACACACAAAAAUUCCGAAGGUUUCAGUCCGAAGAAGGUGUCUUUGGCCUAUCAUGCCCAUUCAUCCAGCGCUUGCUUUAUUUUCUUCAACAAUCUCAUUUUUCAACAAUUUUAGGCGCGAUGUACAGGAGGCCAAAGCCCACGGUGUCUACUUGCUGAGGCAGACUAGUGCAAGUCAACAAGAAUUGGUCAGUCUAACCAAACGUUAUGAGUCCUUGCAAACGCGAGCCUCCGAACACAGCGCCUUACUAAAUGAAGCCACGGAAAACGCAAACAAACUUCGUACGCAGCUACGGCUAAACCGAUCUGAGGCAUGCCGAUUGGCGGAGGCUAUGAAUGUGAUCCGGCCUCAACUAGAGCCCGAGAAUGGGGGUCUGAUGAAACAGGAGACAGAUGUCGCCUCUGCGCGUCUACGUGCACAGCUGCAAGAACUGAGCGACAAGUCAGCCUUUCUUCAGAGCUUGAAUGACCGAUUGAUAAAUGCUACUGAUAAACGGGCGAAAAGGUGAGUUAGUGGAAAUGACCAAACUUUAGGCGUUUAACAUAUAGGCAAUCUUGAAGAAACUACAAUUAACUCUGGGGACUUUCUGAUAGGUGAAAAAAAUUGAAUAAGGUUUUGGAAAACAGCUAUUUUAACGCCGCCCCAGAUAAUUAGCAACAUUUAGGAAGAAUUAACUUUGAUGCUUUCACAACUCUCUAGUUCAUCCUCUUUGAGUUGUAAAUGUAUGUUUCCGUAUUGCUUGCAACGCCAUUCCGUCUUUGGGAGCGACAAAAUAAGUCUUAUAACUGAAGAUUUAUUAGACUCUUAAUCGAAUAUGUGUCUUUGCGUCUACUGUCCAGUGCAACUGAUUACUUUAGUAAAGCAGAGACAAGGGGUUUUCCCAACAGUUAAUCCACGUACGAGGGAUCACGUAAAAGGAAGUGUAGUCAAAAAAAUACCUAAUUACCGUACCCAAUAUAUCAGGAAUGUCUACUUUUAAUGACAAAGUGUUAAAGAUUACGCAUGGCCGAUGUGUGCCGUGUGGGUUGCAUAUAUCGGUUUGUUUACCCAAAUGUGUGUAGACCCAGUCUAACUCAUAUGUCGAUACCAAACACAAGAACAAAAUCUAGAUACGCGCAAUAAAAUGUCCCGGCGAACGAAGAUAAAUCAUAAAGCUCCAUAUAAGUAAAUUUACGCAGAUACUCAAAUCGGGGGUCUAUUACGACUCAUUAAACUCGAUGAUAUUCGAAUCUGGGCAUUGUAGAUUAGGUCGCUGUCUGAUAAUUGACUGUGCUCACCUUUUGGUCCGACCACUAGCAUACUUUCCCAACUGUUUGGACCGAUAAACGAAGAGACAACGAGUUCCUCGGAAAAAACCACCAGAAACGUAAUUCACUGUUACCAGGAUGUUUGCCAAUAAGGCAACGAAGUAAGACGGCACAGGCCGCGCUAUGAGUUAGUCAUCUUUCCAAAAGCAAAAAACUUUUGCUUCCAUACCUACGCCAUGGAAGCAAGAGUAGUCACGUUCAUUGGCCAUUCUGUCAGACCCCUCAUCUUUACCCUAAGCAUGGCUGACAAGCAAAAUAAAUAAUAUCAAUCUCAUGUCAUUAACGUGGAUAACUUUCACGAAUUUAAUCCUGAUUUCGAGAUUUACCAAUCUUUACCAACUAACUCAAUCACCAUUAAGUAUUCCUAUGUCCUUAAUGUUCAUUGGUCUUCUAUACCCUUGUUCGAUAUUAGAAGGCUAUUUGUAGAGCUGAACUCUAAGUCGGCUUUGCGGUUUAUGAGUAGUCAACUGAAAAAGUGAACAUUGGAGAAAAGGCGUUUCUCGAUUACGGUUUUAGACAACGCUACCAAACGGGACGACAAACGAGCUUAGGUAAUUGUGUUAAGACGUUGGAAAAUAGUUGUAAAAAAACUGAACACGCGCGCGAACGAAAAGUGAAACAAAUAAACGAGCAUGAAUAAUUAGGCAGAGAAAUAUUUAGAAUGCCUCUGUCCUUGACAACUUAAAAAGAACAACUAUGCCAUUUAGAAAACUAAAACGACCCUAACCAUCGCCCAGGAAGCAUAUGCUCCUAGUUACUGGGCCAUCUAAUUGAUGUACUCAAUAUUUAAGCUCUUAACUCUGCGUUAUAUUCGUGUUUGACGGGUUCCGUGGUUGGCCCUUAUUCUUUUAAAAAUUUUUUACGGUGAUAACUAACUUUGUUCAGUUUCCCCUUAAUUUUCUUACUUUUUAAGUGUUAAGUAUUUUAUGGUACCGAAUUUUGCCUCUCCUGUAACAUUUGCUGCCUGUUUCCAGCCUGGAAGAGAUCAGGUGCAAAACUGAGAUGAUUGAGCGACUCGCUGUUGUAAAAGAGGGACUUGUGACCGAAGUUGCCAAAGCCGUAGAACGCCUGCAGAAUGCUACCCAACGUCGCAAGAAGGCAUUCGACCGACUGACGGAUACAAGAGAGCGCCUCUCACAGGAGGAAAAGCAAGCCAAGUCUGAAUUGACGAAAAUACGGAUGACUUGCGAUGAGGUAAACUGACAAAGUUAAUACAGUUCACUCUUUCAUUCUGCUCAAAAGCUGCAGUUUCGAAGACGCAUUCCUAUAUGCUGACAGCGAGGACUCAGGUUGCAGAACCGUCACCCUAACUGCACAAUGAACGUGAACUUAAAUGACCUACUGAUCAGCACCACCAGAGUAGCAAAGUUAUUUUGUCAGGCACAAAGCACAAAUAGAAAGUGCCAUAAAAGAACUUUUUGCUUAGUGAAUUAGCUAUUUAUUUCAUGCCAGCCUCCUGGCUUAAAUAUCACUUAGCUUGAAUGUCCCCACAUUACUGUCUCAUUUCCCAUACAAAUCAAGGUAUGGGUCAGACGAUCUCUGAAGUCCCGUAGCUCGUUCGCUGAUUAAAUUUGCAUCGAGUGGGGACAAACGCUGAUAGGAGCUAGAACAUUAUUCGGUGUUUUCAUGCCUCUACUUCGAAUCAUGAAGGUGGUACGUCUGAUAGCCGGCAAGCAUUUUCCAUCUAUGCAAGUUUCUUAGUUUAUUUGUGAAUUCUGCUCGUGGAAGGACUACUGACGAAAGACGUUUGUUUCAGUAACCCAGUAGCUCGGAAAAAAUUUGUUUUUUAAUCACUCCCGGUGACCCUAUGAAAUGUCUUCUCUGUCUGCAUGACACUACAAUACCCACGAGGCCGAGUAUUUUCUGUACGUCGUUCUACCUGCAUGCUUAACUUUGUCGGGUCUGACACCCCUGUCUCCCUGGAGGCUAUGUUGUAGUAAGUCCAGUCAAGUCACAUCUGAUAAGAAAACAAUCCAAACUGCAGUACCCGCAUCUGUUUGUCGGAUUCUGAUCCGUUCACCAGCAAGAAUUCACCUUCUUGCAACGGUAGACUGGAUGUUGGUACUGCUUAAAAGUUUGCGCUGACAACUCCGUUGCUCUUUACAAGCUCACAUGACUUUCCUAGGCAACUUUCGAGUUCAUUAAUCUAGAGCGUCGUCCUGUUGAUUAUGCAAAGCAAGCAACCCAUGGGUACUUUUCUGAAAACCAUUCUUGGGCUGGAUCUUCUCACAGAGCUGUUUUCGAGCAUCUAAAUAAAUGUCCUUGGGCUAUUAGAGGUGCGCUCUCACCACCAGCUUAGCAAGAAAUUUUCAGGUUUUCAAAGGUUUUAAAAAACCUAAAAAACCCAGUUAACUGAAAUUCGAUCGAUGAAAUUUCGAUCGAAAUUUCUUUUUUUCCAGCUGCUUUCUGAAACUUUCCUUCUCGGUUGCAUCGUCAGUAAGAUUUAAGUCAGCUCCGGUAAACUGAUGAUUUGCACUACCACUUGGGAAAUCGCACUCCCUACAGUUUUCUUUGCACAGUUAUUCUUGCCUUUGCAGUGUAGAUUCAUUAUUGUGUGCGAAAGAAUGCAUCACUAGGUAUCUUGUGAACCUACUAACAGUCGAAACAUAACAGUUCACUUCCUGGCAUUUUUCACCAACUCGUCGAAAAUGUUAGAUGAGGCUCCGUUUUGAAUGAACUUACCGAAUCGUCUCAUCAUAAAAAUUAGACGUUGGUUCAUCUAAUGAGACUAAAACGUGGUAUCCCUUUUAAGGAUACAAUAUUGCUGAUACUGACGUAUGGCGUAGAAGCUGUUUCCGACAGGCCUAUUGACGCAAAAACUCGUAAGUUAAUGUAUUAUUAGCAGGGGGAAAACCAACCAUAUUCUGAAGAAUGUGAAGAUUUAUUGAAUAUCAAAGAUAAUAUUCUAGAAGCUAAAAUGCUCAGAUCCCUGCUGUUGCCAGACAUGUAGUGGUACAACAGAAUGCCCCGGCCACGCUCGGUUUGUUUUCGAACCCCAUGCAGUUCUUUUAAUGUCCUUAUUUUAUAACUAUAGCUUAUGACUAUAGAACUCAACUCAUUCGUUCGUACUCGCUUGUUUUCGAGGAAUCGGGGUAGGAAAUUAAACAGCUAACUCUAAAUAGGGUGUUUGAGGUUGUGGAAGGUUGUACUUAGAGUUUCUGUUUGAGGGAAGGGAGAGGUUUGACUUCAAUUAACUUUAAAAGUGACGUCUGUCCGGAUACUCGCGGGCUUUUCGCGCGGUCUACUAUUCCUGGGAUAACGGACACCGCUUACAAAGUAUACAGCCUAAAAAUGUAACUGUAGCAACUAUUUGUCGCUGCAAAUUAUCAGAAAAUAACGAUUCGCCGAACCAGACAUUCCCUUUCCAAAACCAAAAGGCAAGUGCGACUCGCCGUAUUUUCAGGCAAUGAUAAGUUUCGUCUAUGCAGUCAACUCCUGUCCUCUGCAUCGUUUUAUGUACACCAGGAGGACGAAUCGUGGAGAAUGUGAAAAUAUAUAACUCUAAAAAGGUAGGGAUGUUGAUUUGGAGACCGAAAAAUUUCAAAACUACCUUGUCUUUUGGAAUACACCAAAACAAGCGACCUGAGCCAUUAGAACAGACGCUCUCACUAGAUAUGAAAUUUGAAAAUGCAGUUUCUCGUAAAAUGGAUAUACGAAAUGCUGUUUGUUACUUCACUCCUAGGGAGUAGGAUUGAAUUUUUACAAGCCUAGAGGACACCGUUAACAAUUUACAAUAAUUGUUUGCCGGGUUUUCUGAGUGUGUGUGUGUGUGUGUGUGUGGAAAAAUGCUCAGUCAAAACCCAUCAUUAAACCACGUUUUUCGCAUUUUUGCAUAAUGAUCCAUGUUAAUCUGCCCACUUGAAAACACUUUAGUUUGCCAAUUCAUACAACAACCCAUGUACUCAUGAGCAGUGCUUUUAGGACAAUAGCGCACUUUAUCAGGUUCCAUGUUUUAUCUUUCUAGGCCCUGAUGCGAGUCAGAUCCGAACGUCUGUUCGGUAGGGCACGGGAAUCAGUACGCGUUCCCUUAUUGCACCAAACUCCAGGAAGGUUAGAGUCGACAUUAGCGUUAAGAUUAUGGGGUAAGGUUUGGAGAUUUAUUGUUGGGCUCAGAGUUCGGAGGGUUGGGAUUCGAUUUAGGGUGCGGUUUAGGGUUUGGGCUAAAGUUAUGACAGGGGAACACACUCCUGGGAUUUAGCGCAAAGCUAAUUGUAAUACCUCGGGGAAGGUGGUAUUCAUUACCACGUCUAAAUUUGUAAAUUGUACCUUUCUAUAAUUCCUGCACGUUGGUUUUAUAAAAUAUUUUACUGGUUUGAAAAUUCUAAUUAUGUCAGAUAUCUGAAGUAGGAAUUGCCCGCAAAGUUUCCACCACUGUUUACUAUCUCACUGACUCUCGCUCCUUUCCUAAAUGGAUCAAGGAAAGUCGACUGAUUGUACAAAUCAGGGCUCAAACUCAGAAGUACAUCGAAAACCUUCGAAAUAACCGACAGCUGGCCAAACUAAAAUAUUCCAAGUUGCAGACACAGUUAGAUGCGAUUGAGAAGGACGCCAGUGUCUCAGAAGGUUUGCUCCUUUCUGCACAAGCCGAGGUGGAUGAACUUGCGAGCAAAAAUGGUGAUCUCAAGAAAGACAUUGAAAAGGUAGUUAAGAUAAAUGUUCAGAAUUUUUGACUAUGUCAUUUUUUGUGCUGUGGUCUGACUUCUGAUUUUUCUCUGCUACGCUACUAUGACUCAUAUGCUACCGCAACCAUGCGUAUCCUCCUCGAUGGUAUUUGCAACCAUGGUAUGUUGAUACACACCGGACUGUCCAAAAUACGUGGGCAGUCCCCAGGAGUUUGGUGUCUCAAUAUAUAUUCUUUCCAAACCUCGUAUAUAUAUAUAUAUAUAGGCAGAAUGAUAUUACCGACAAAGACAAGGGAGACUGGAAUGGCCAUUUCUGGUUUAUUAGCCGUCGUCAGCCAGCCAUACCCUAACCCGAAGCGUGGAACACCCGAGGCACUCUUGGCACUGGUGCGCCAGUCGCAAGUUCGAGGCUCGGGUGUUCCACGCUUCGGGUUAGGGUAUGACUGGCUGACGACCGCUAAUAAACCAGAAAUGGCCAUUCCAGUCUCCCUUGUCUUUGUCGGUAAGAUCAUUCUGCCUAUAUAUCAUGCGCCGCUGUGCGGCUGCUGGUUGGUCUCGAGAGAGAGCCCUUAAGGCACAAAGGAACGAGUGAAUUCCGUAUGAACGAUCGGUGAGCGCUUCGUAACAUUAUAUAUAUAUAUAUAUAUAUCUAUGAUUAGUAUGAUAUCGCAUCAAGCCGACAGUAAGCUCAAAUCAUCUCCUCCGCAAGAGAACUUAAACCAAUAGAUUACGGACGCUAUAACUACCAUUUGAUUUACGACUGUACUCAAUUUUUUGUACAAAGACCACACAUCGUGUCUUGCUUUGGCCCUGCAGUGGUAUCUGCGUCUUCGUUUGAAUGUUAUAUGGGCACCUCGUGUCCUUCUCGGAUCUAGUUAAGCACACAAAUCCACUGGGAUUGGGGUCAUGUGACAGUAUCCUUGAGCAUGGAUGUAAAGCCAACAAAAGGGGCUGCGUUGUUAUUUCAGGCCUAGACAGGGACUUAACCGGUUAGUGACACGCACUGACGGAGCAUUUACGCUAUAGCAGUUACUGCAUCAGAUAUUAUCCUCGGUCGGGUCGACUCUGCCUUGUUAUUAGCACGGUGUGUGUGGUGCUAGUGAUACGUCUAGUUUCGUGUUCAACUGGGCUCCGUGCCGCUUCUCUAUUUGGCUUGUGGUAUAAAAUCCUGCUCAGUAUCAGUCAUCGGCCAGGGGAUAUAAUGGCACGCCUAGAUGCAGGUCUUCGCCAUACCAGCCACCCGCCGCCUCUCUCGCCUCUGAUCUUCUUAACUUGGUUAUGACACCAGGCCCAGGUGAGGGGGGGAGGAGAGAAUGCGGUAGACGCUGCGCUAGUACACUAUCACUGUGAACCUAUUUAGGUGCAAGUCACCGUCCCUGCUCUCAUUCUGUUUGGAAGUAGACGAUGUACGUCGUCGAAAUCGACGGUCAAACUCUCGUGUGUACGAGAGAGAGAGAGAGGAAAGGAUAGCAAGACCGGUUCAGCACUCACGUUUCUCGGUACAAUGGAUCCGACGCACUUUUAUGUCAUCGUGACACACUAACAGUCAUGUCUUGGAAAGUUGUGAACUGACAGGCUGACUCGAUCCUCCUUAGGACUAACGGCCAAGUUGCAAUGGCCCUUUUGUAAUGCCGCCUGCAUGCCUACUCUCAAUGAUGAGGGACCAAAGUUAUUCUGAUUUGCUUGGUCUGGACCUGGGGCCUCGUGCUUGUGUUAUACGCGUAGACGUGACCUUUAUUACGGGCCGCUUACUGUGCUCAAGCCCCUACUCAGUCUCUCGCACUUUUUAUUGUAAUUCAAACAUGAAGGUUGUGAGAAGAAUGCAGCGAAAGCCUCCACCGGUCCCUGAAAGUACUUAGAAUGACUCUAGUAAAGACCCUGAAGAAGUGCUAGAAUCACUCGUUGGCGGUGUUGUAACUUCUUCUCGAAUACUCUGGCGAGGCAUGUAACAAAACGCAUUUCAACUCUAACCCUCCCCCCUCUUAGGGAUUAAGUAGUUGCCUUUUUGUUAUCAUACUCUGAGACUCGAGUGCUUAUUGCGACUCUUCUAAGACUGCAAAAUAUCUAUUGAAUGGAUUACUUUAAGAUCCUAUCUGAAAAUUCUGUAGCCCUGUACGUAAAGACGUAGUUUGCCGUCCUGAUUCAGGCUACCAAUCGGCCAGGUCCUGGCGCCCUUUGAUGAACCAUUUACUCGCGUCAGGCAUUUUCAGGUCUUGAAAUAGCCGCCUUACGGACGGGCUCAAGGCCACGGUAUCCUUGGUUAAGCAAGCAAAGGACAGUUAGUUCUGAGCUUCUAUGUGCCAAAUGUAUAAAAUUAUGGAUCAGUGCAUGAAUACGUGAAAUAAUAUGAUGACGGUUUGCACAUGAUAAGCUGGUUGGAAUUUUCAAACCGCAAACGAACAUUCCUAGCUGUCAGCCUUGCAUUUGAACUGGGUUUCUUGACAGACAUUGACCUUGUGGGCGUUCGGAUCCAUUGUGUUUCAGAGCAUUCUGGCCGGCCGUUCGUCAUUACUUCGGCACACCUGAGUAAAUGGCAGCCGUCUCUAACACGUACUCAGUAGGGAAAACACCGAAAGACCGUGCAGAAGCUGAUAGGUCCGCACACGCUACGCCAUAACUACUGGAUCGGCAAUGAAAUUUUCCAGCUGCUAAUGCUGCUUGUUUUCGAAACGGUCACGACUUCAGUUUCUUGCAUCGGAAGACUAGGAUGAUGGAGACCACACUUGCAAUGCACUCUGUGGGAAAACAGUACCAUUAUGAUACUUUGGCUUAAUUUCGUUUAAAAACUAGCCAUCGAUUGACAGCGGUAGCAAACGGGUAGUUGAGACGCAAUUAAUUCGUAGCACAUUUAAGCCUACGAUGAAUUAUAUACCUUAAACGACGUUAGAGUCAAGUGUGUUUUCAGCGAGUCCAAAUACCACGAUUGAUGAGUUAAUCAGAAAUUAUUGAACCAAAUUGAAAAGAGACUAUUCAACUCAAACCUCUGUUUUUACAAACGCUUUCGUUCAAUACCAUCGAACUGGCAGCUGGACAGUUGCAGCUACCUAAAUUGAUGACUCGAGAUGCGUCAGUUGUGGAAUAUGUGGCGGUACGUAAUUUUGACACGAUUUCAGGAAAUAUUGGAAUUCAAACGAGCGGGGUCAAAAACCCGUUACUCGAAUAUGCCUUCUAACUCAGCAAGAAAUACAGCUUUGACUAGAGUACGUCCGCCUCGUGAGUCAAAGAUUGGUGAAUGUAGGCAAUCAGUGUAGCUGAGGAUGAGCCUACCACAGUUCAGCGAUAUAGCACCCAGCAAAAAUUUGACAAGUUGGACCCCGUCUGGCGGCAGAAGUUUUCAGGCCGUGGAAUUUCCCCUAUUCCUCAUAUUCUUCUGUGAGAAACUAACUGCUACCCAGUCAGGUCGAUUAUUCAAGGUCUAAGUAACCUUAUGUGCACUAUGUUCAACCUGUGGUUCGCAGUCUUGAAGCGAAUAAAAUUUCAGACAGGUGUCCUUGUGAUUAGUAAACCUCCUCCUGCCGCAAUUGCAUUGCACCCGAUCGCAAGCAUUCAAGUUCAGUGGCUAUCAAAGAACAGAUAGUUUUCGCGGGAUUUUUCUGCUCGGUUUUUGAAAAUGGAUAUGACCUUUAUGGUUAACUUCCUCGUCGUGUUUGUCCGGAUUUAGUAUGUCCGAAGUAUACUUCAAGUACGUAACUCCUGUGUUGCCCUUUAUUUGAAGAAAAAAACAUCUUUUCACGGCAGAUUCAAAAGGACUGGACAGCAGAACAUAAACUCCUGCUUCAAAAGGCUGUGGACCUAAACUAUCAGGUGGAAUCAGCGAAGCAGGAUGCGGCCACUCUCCUGAAUUCCUUGAAAACUCUGCAGUCAGACAAGGACACCUUAGCGGCACACAUUGCACAGCUGGCGCAGGAAGCCCAGGGAGCUGUAAAGGUGUAUUGGACAACAGAGGGGAAAAAUGCAACAUUGCGGUAAGUUGAAUGGUGCUGCGCGUAAUAUGCGGACGGUACUGUUGACAGGGCGUAUCUACUUCGAGAAUUCAGAAGGCGUUUUGUGAGUUCUAAUCCUAAGACCAAUUUUAAAAAAUUCAACUUAAGCCAAGCAGGCGCACAAUCAAAGAAAUUUCUGCCCACUGCGUGAGGUCGGACGCGGGUCACCAUUGUUCCCACCAACCUGCACAGCACUACUGGCGCGGAAUUCAGACAACUGGGAGCAGUAGCACCAAUCAUAGGUUACUACGGUUAAAACGGAGGCCCCAGAACCGUCUUUGCCCAUACUUAUUCCGUAAUUUUAGCAUUCUCAAAUUCUGGAAACAUAAAACGCUCUUUUGGGCUUUUUUCAUUGAAAGGAGCUCUCGAGGCGCUCAGAUCAUCAAAAAACAAGACACUACUCCGAUAUCCACAGACGUUAGCACUUGGUUAUCAAAAAUCCAACAUGCAUAACUUUGGAAGCAGUUUACUUCUGACUCGGUAGAUAUAAAUGCACUUAAGAACAUUCGCUGUCAAAUGAUCGUUCGUUUCCACUUUCGGAAACAGUAUACUAUAACAAUAUCAUUCGCUGAGAACACAAAGGAAUGUCCACGCACUUCUAAGAAGAGCACUACAUGGAACAGCUGUUUUUGGGAUCGAAAUGUUCCAUGAGUCAAUGUUGCUAUGAUGGAAUUAUUGUUCUGACUACUACUAAAACAUACGGGCGAGCUGCUUGACCGCUGUCAACCAAAUAGCUAAGUACAUUAUCCUUGUUGAGAAAUUUCUGUUUGAACUCGUUGAAACUUAAACAUAAAUAAUCACAUGAUAUCACCGUGCAGAUCGCCUUGUAUACGGGUUCCACAAACACUGGAAUUGACAAAGCUGAGAAUUUUACACCCAUUUGGGAGGAUUCAUUUGGGAUCUGAUUUAUUUUUCCCAAUUCACCUCUUACUGUAGAUUAGCUAAAUUCCCUCUGACUACUUAUAAGCAGAACUUUUCCUUCACGAACCAACGACAGUUCCAGUUAAAUUUAAGGAGUUGUGGCUAUCAUCCCUUACUUUGUCUCUUUUUCAAUCGAUCAUUCAUUUUCCUCAAGAAAGUCGUGUCUCGCCCUUGUCCCUCUUCCUUAAAUCCUCUAGCAAUGAAGAGAGGAGGAUCCUGUUCGAGUGCUUGGCCUUAACCAAUAAGACUGAAUUUCUCAAUGUAACAACUCAAGCGAAGGCCGCACAACUAAGCGGAGCAUGGGCGGACUUCCAAAAUGUUCUCCGGAAGAGGCAGACUGUGCUGGAUCGCAUUUGUGUAUGUAAAACAGCUGUAUUUUGAUAUCUAACUCCCAUUUUCGCAGGACUGAAACAAUUACUUCAGUUUGAUUGUUUGAGCUAGCCCUCCCUAAAAUCUCUACUUUGCUGUGCAAAGAGUAUCUUUGCAAAAAUGUCAAGAAGAAUAGGGCACACAGAAGAAGUUGGUUAUUGUAAACUUAGCCAAACCACGUUAAACGGCCCGUCACAGACAAGUUAUAUUACGGCAUGUCUUGCAAACUUUCUGUCAUGCCCCAGACCUACGGUCUACACCUUCCUCAGGUUGCCGCCCAGCAACGAGUCAUCAACCAUGACGAGGUAUUACUGACACAGCUGUUCAUUAACAAGACCAUAUUAGUAAUAUUCGGGUGAACCCUUAAAGGUGGCAAUGUGAGCAGUGUUCACCGGACACCCACGAUUAAGAGCUUGGUCUCUUGACUUUUCAGGCGAAGCGAGAACAAAGUUUGGCGGAAAAUAUGCAGUUGGCAAACAUCUUCUCUGAUGACGAAGGCCAGAUCUUUGGACAACUUGAAGGACUCAACGAGAAGCUUCGUGAAGUCUCCGACGUUAAGCGUAAACUUGUGCUGCUCAACGACGUAAGAACGAAUUUCCAUGCAGUGCCUAUCUUCAUAAAAAUAAUAUUUCAGGCAUUAACUCGUAUACUCUGUAGUUAGCGCAUUUUAUCCAAUUACACAAGUGCCGGGAGUUUCAGAAACGUGGCCCGACAGCUUUUCGACCACGCUGGUUACCUCAAACUAAUUUUAGUGGACAAGUAUAUAAUUGGAGUAAACGACCUAUUCAUUCAAUCGAUAGAAUUUAAUCGCCUACACAUAACCUACAGAAUAGACGAUGUACAUUUCAAGCAAUGAUCACAUCCCCCCUAAACGGUAAAUUUGGUAAUGGGAUCAGAGGCAACUUUAACGUGCAGUAGAAAUUUGAAUAUGGCCCCACUUCUCGACUUUCAGUUUCGUACCCCUGCCUUCAUAGAAAUUUCUGCCUGCUGAUUAUACGUUCUUCAUACGUCUAAGCGCCACAUUUAGCAGAUCGACUGUGCAUGCCAAUCAAGCCUUUUCCCCAGCAUUUGCAGUAUCAGGCAAACACAACCAAUUUCCCACAAUUGCAUAUCCCAAAUAGGUAAUGUUCUUGUUAUUAAAAUCCCCGAGCUGUCACAGACCUUCGCGAUUUCUUUCUCUUGCAGACAUCGCUCAUGCUAGAGAGCUCGAGUUUUCAACGACAAAUGGACACAGGCAGGCAAGAGGUCGCAACUAACCAGGAGUUUUCUUGGUACCGUGGCAUCCUUGAGUACGUCAGCGAUUGGAUGCACCGCAUUUACGAGCGCUUCCGUCCCGCUCCAAAUUCCUGAAAUGUCGAACCAGCUUGCAUCCCUAAUCCCUCUGCUAAUGUGUGUUCAUUGAAUUCCGGCAUACUGUUUGAAGACGAGAAGCAGUGCCUCCAGAAACCCUCCUCCUCACAUACCAGUGCGUUAGAAGAUAACUACCCACACAUCGGGAGUAAAUUAUCACUUUAAAAAUAUUACUGACAAUAUUUACGUAACAUGAUUUGCAAUACAGUAGGACUGGAGAACGGUAUGCAGUGCCUUAUGGUGCAGUGUGCGAAGGAGAAAAAGAGCAUCCGAAAAGCAUUCAGAUGGCGUAUAGCGCACAACCACUCGCGAACAAUAGGUCGUGGAUACUGACAGGAAGAUAGUCUCAUGCAACGGAUGUUGAGCAGUUUUCCGUCGGUUCGAUCGUUGAUAGUUUUUUCUGGUUAUUCCGCGCGGUGGGCUUCUAUUAACACGAUGUGACUGAGGACAAAGACGCAGCGCUACUUCACCCUAUUUCUGACAAUCGAGUGCCUCAGAGACUGCCGAAUAUUUCGCGGUGCAUUUUAUCCUCCUGCCAUGUUGGACAUCCAAAACAUGGUGUGAUUUUCAACGGUUCAUCGCAGCUCACUGCGUCUAAGGCCCUCAUCAGAUCCUCAAAGAAAGUACGGAGGCUGGUUCGCAUAUUCUGACAUAUUUCUUGCAGUUGGUGAGCCGCUAAGAUCAUGUCCAUGGUUCUUCUUGAAGGAAUCCCUGCCUCAGAUACAUGUUCAGGCGAUUAGGUAUGACAAGUAUGUAUAUCUUAUGCGCAAUUUUGAGAAGAGAGAAUCCACAGUUUUUGGCCUCUUGACGGUUAAGUUUGCGCCUUUACAGAUGAAUAAUAGUUGUAUUUUUGAAUUCUUAUGAUAUUUGGGCCUUUUCGUCAUAUUUUCCGGAACAUUGACUUAAAAUGUCUGUGAUUCGGGACCAUCGUACUUACACGUUUUGAAUAGAAUUAAUUCGACACUCAGUUCUUUACCGCUGCAUAAGCUUCGUACUGUUUGGAUUGUCUCAUGUAGGGAAAGUGGACAAAAGAGACCGUUAUUAAUUCUCACCUGAGGAAGGCAACUGAUGAUUCCUUUGCCGAGUUUCGGACGAGUAGUUGAGUACACCAUCCAAGGUUUGGUCUAACGCUCCAGGAUUUGCUACUUUUUGACAACGGAGUUGCACCGUUUGAACUAAACAGGGACAUAUUCUCCUUGGCUUGAACCUCGCAGAUUUACUCGACUGUCGCGAACAAGUUAUUCAUCUCACCAUAGUCGGGAUAUCCUACGAUUUAUUCUGCCAUACGAUUUUGGCAAUCAUUUUGCAUUUCCGUGGACCUUUGCUAAAGUGGGCUUCGGCAUAGAAAGAAUGCGAUCUGAUUGGCGUUGGUACUGUUGUCGAGUUAUGCAGUGUAUAGAUGUUUUACUGGGGAAGCAAGCGUUGAAUUUCGCAAUCGUUGUCGUCGAACCAUUCCUGGUUCUGUCGGUUUGUGCGAUCAAGAACUUCCCUAGUCGUGGCUUAAUUGGCAUUCCUCAUCACCCUCCACUGGGUCUCGACGGUGGCAUUUUCUUCGAGGAUUUGCAUUUCUUCUAACUUGAGAUUCAUGCGGUUACCUAAAGCCAGUCGGAAUUUAUCCAUACUUAUUAAUAAGGUUUUAACUUACCCCAUGCUUGCUUACCUUGGGGACUUCUGUGGGGUUCCUGUUGUAGUCUCACCUUCGAGAUGACAGGAGGGUGGGUCGUGCAGCAUUCUGCAUUAUACAUCGCCUUGGUAAUUAGUAGGUCACACCGAUCCCGUCACCUGACAUGUGCGUAUUUCAACAGUUGUCAAGACCAAGAACAUGAAUGCUUUACUUAGUCUUCCCCGGCUUGGUAGGCAGAUGUUGGUCGGGCGAAUAUUGUGUUAUGUACGAGUAUUCAAGGUAAAGGAGUCAUAACUAUUGCAACUUCCGAUCCCGUGGCGACCUAACACCCCCCCUACUCUCCUAACAAGUGUGACUUGGACGAAAGCGGACAUUUAAGUUCCCAAGAAUUGCCGUUUUGUCAGCCCGCAAUGCAUUCUCGAGGAGAAGGUCUGGAUUUUUGCGAAAUUUCCAGGCUCCCACCCCCCAAAAAAAAGAUAAUUACAUAAUCCUGAAACGAUCAAUGAUUCGGUUCGGGAGGCAUUACAGCCGUCAGACGACACCUUUGGUGGGGAAAUAAACACUGCAGCGAAAAUUCCCCAUCUAAGUCUGUUUGUCCGACUUUCGAUUUGAGGAAUCUCUCGUUGUAGAUUAUCUCACUUCAAUAUAGUUUCGUUACAAUGGCCAUCUAAACUCCCCGACGAAGCGGGGAUGGCCGUACAGUUCCAACGUGCGUCUCUGCCCAUGAGGAACCGAAUGGGAGUCCAGAGUCAUAUAACCCUGAUUAAACAGUAAAUUUUUUCGGUAUUUUUUACCGAGGCGUACAAUAUUUCCUGUUGACAGCGGAAAAAUUUUCGGAUAUGGGUAGACGAAUAAACUACCCGAAACGUCGGAUCUCACAUAAACCCCUCCCGGUGAACGCCUCCUCUUCUUUUGAUAUGCCACCUGGGAAUCGGAUUCUCACUACUAUUGAUGUGAAUUACGGGCGCGAAGCGCUUCAACUGGCUCGUCGUUGGGAAAAAACUGUCCUCCGACAGGCCUCGACCUAUGCACAGCUCCAUUUCCUUCACAGAUGCCUUGCCAACUAUGUUAUGCCAAAAGGCCUGUCCUACAAGCCUCCAGUCAACACGGAAUUGGCUAAACAAACGAUGUUCCGUCAUAGUCGGCGAAUGACAAGAGUACUCAUAUAAGAUUGUCACCUGCGACUUAAGAAAUACGCACACAGUGCUGAAAACUACCGGAUGCUUGUUACACGCCGGUGUGGGGAAUCGACUGCCGCCACAUUGGAGAACACAUUACUAGCAUAGGGACGAAAGAAACGUGCUAACAGUGAUGCGGAUUUAUCGAUAAAAUUCAUGGCACUGCAGACCGCAAAAGACCAGGAAACCGAACAAACGAUAGUACAUAACCUCUCGUCAAAACAACUUACUGUGACCCAAACCAAAGUUCUACAACGUGGAUCUGGUUUUAACACAACUGACGCCGACCCGGUCACCUUCAUUGCUUUUUUCGAAUCAGUGCUUCGUCAAACCGGCGCCACAGACGAGGUAAAGGACCUCCUUCGACAUCAAGUCUCUUCACUUCUCAUGUCGCACCGGAAAACCCAUUCCCUGCCAAGAGAUGAACAAAAGGCCCUAAGGGAGCUGAAAGCGGACACCGAAAUAGUUAUUCUCCCUGCUGACAAAGGCCGGUCAACCGUCAUCCUCGACAAUGUGGACUACCGACACAAAGCCCUCCUGCUCCUCAACGAUCGGGAGUCCUACAAAGUCAGCUCGCCGCCAGUCUAAAGUCCCUAGUGGCAAAGGUUAACAGAAUUCUGGCUCGACUAAAAAAGGACAAGGUCAUCACCGUCAAAGACUGGUAUAUGGCAAAGCCCGCAGAAACCGCUAUGGCGAGAUUCUAUGGUCUCCCAAAAGUACACAAGCCAGAUGUUCCCCUCCGUCCUAUUGUCUCACUCCGAGGCACACCCACAUACGGGCUUGCAAGCUGGCUAUUUCAGAAGCUAAGAUUCCUAACUGCAGGCUCACAAACAACGGUGCACUCAGCAGAACAAUUCCUUGACAAAAUAAGGGCAGUCACGAUCGAACCGAAUGAAAAGAUGGUGUCUUUUGACGCCGUCUCACUCUUCACGUCCAUACCACAGGCCCUUGCGGUCGAAACGCUCAGUGACCUGCUACGUCAAAAUUACGACGGGGGCGAUGGCCAGCCCACAGCUCAGGAUCUCAUAGAACUCAUGGAGCACUGCCUCAAGACAUUCUUUACCUUCGAAGGGACCACAUACGAGCAGAUCAAGGGCACUCCAAUGGGUUCACCAAUCUCCGGACUCAUUGCCGAGGCGGUUCCACAAAAACUCGAGAGAUGA